AUGGCAAUUUAUAUUCAGUUACACAGCAAGAUCUAUGGUCUUUUAUAUUGUAAACUUCCGUUUGAAGUUCUUUCCAAUAUCGCCGAGUUCCUUUCUCUUAAAGACAAGAUAGCGUGCACUUACGUUUGCAAACUAUGGAAAGACCCUUUUCAAGUAGCAUCAUGGAGCUACCUCAAAAUAUAUAACAGUAGCUCUAUUUACGCAAUCACCAAACCAAAAACCAAUGAAAUGACUACAUACCAAAUUAAUGGGAAAUACGCCAAGGGACUUUACCUGUAUCGAACAAUCCGUAUAAACUCGGAUUGCUUACAAAGAAUUCAACAAGAACUCCCUAACAUACGCAAUCUUACUAUUGGAUUUGUGUGUCUUAGAAAGUGCAAUUAUGGAAUACUAUCAAACUGGAGAAACUGGAAAUUCCUCGAUACUCUGAUUGUUGAGAUGGACGAUUUUUUAGCCAAUCCACCAAGCGGCUUCUUUGACAUAUUCUCUUUCCUGCCAUCCCUGAAGAAAUUGGAGCUUGUUGAAGUCACACCAAAGGUUUUAGAGCUUAAGGUAGAAGACUUUGAUGCCCUCCAAGUACACGCACCACUCCUAGAAAAUAUUCACCUUUAUGGGGUUCUCACGACACUCAUCCAUAAAGAUAUUAAAAACAUAGCCAAAACUGUUCCUGCAAAUAAUGUAACAGAAUUCGAACUCAACUGCCUUAAUAACGAUCAACGAUGGAUAUACUUUUUUGCUCGAAAAUACCCGAAUCUUCGUAAAUUUAUAUUGGGAACAGAAGAAAUAAGUUCUUUGCCCGUAGUCUCUUGCGAAAAGGCAGUAUCGCUUUUUGCUUCUGAUCUUUACGCAUUCUCUUGCUUGGAGGAACUUUCUGUGCGUAUGUCAGGAUCUUCAGAUGAUUCGCAUAUUUCCUUUUGGAAAAUGUUUUCUUCCUGUAAUAUUCCGGUCAAACGUCUAACAUACAGUCCGCGCUUUUAUCAGGGAACAUCCGACAAUAUUUCUGGAAGAGCCAUAGAAGCUAGCGUUAAAUUUUUUUCCAACACAAUCGAAGAGUUAUAUAUAUCAUAUUUUGGAGCAUACAAAAACAUAAAAGAUGUAACAUCAGCAUUAUCCUGCUGUACUCGUCUAGUCAAAUUAAACAUCUCUACCUUCCGAAUUUCUAUUAAACUCGACAAGCUCUUAAAUGGCUGUAAGGCUUUAAAAAAUAUUAUGUUGGGAGAGGUAGAUAUUGACAUCAGCUCAAGUGCUUUCAAUACACGUAUACCACACGAUGUCUCUACUAUUUCAUUUGUGAGAUCAACUAUUACUGCCGAUACAUUCAAUUAUUUGUCUCCCCGCUGUAUGAAACUUCAAAUCAUGUGUGUUUCCGAGUCAGUCAUAAGUGGAUCAAUAUCUGAAGAAAGUGGAAAACUUGCUAUCGACUUGUCCUCCACCAACCUAAAGUACUUUCAUUUAAACGGCUCUGAAAUCAAGGCAUCAAAUAAUCUUUCGGAUGAGCCAAUUUCCAUAAAUAUUAUAAACAUUCACAGACCAAUUUCCCGGCAUUCACUUGGACUAGAGUCAGAUAUAAAUAAAGAAGCUAAAACUGGACCAAUAUAUACUAGCAAUGAGAAAUCAAUGGAGAAUAUAGAUGCAAGCUGGGUUCAUAUAUACCGUUUAUUCGAUGGAUCGGGCCAUUGGAACAGUGCGAAAAGAGUUUUGGGGAAAAAAGAAUCCAAAAGAGCCAGAAAAUACUACAGUAACUUUCAAAUUAGAAAUAAGGCCGAAACUGAUAAUGAAUAUCUUCGAUCUUGGCGUGGACAAGUACUUAAAAAGAAAUGGCGUAAAGAUCUUUGCCGUGGAUAUGCUGAAAUUCGACUUGGAUACAUUGAGAAAUAUGAUAUUGAUAAAGAAGUAUGGUGUCAAUACGAAAGAGAUCUUUAUCGUACAUUUCUAUGA